GUGAAAUGUUGUUUUUUUUUCUGUCGGCAAAAUGAUUCUAAUAAACUAAUGAACUAGUUAAGCCGAUUCAGCCAACUUGUUAACAUACACAAGGGACGGCAAUGCGCCGCGGUAGAUGACGCUAGCAACCGAAUUCCAGAAAAUUGUAUUUCGAAUUUAAAUUAUCAAUUCUUAACUGUGUUUAAUAUGAACUUAUUCGGUUCAAGCGUUUUCAUUCUUUUUAAAUCAAAAGAAAUUAUUUUCAAUACAUACCAAGCACGAAGAAUGUUCACAUGCAUGAAUCCGAAUCUGUUUGGCGAAUUCAAUGUAUACUACAGGAAUUUCCUUUGAACAGUUUCACGAGAGGUUUAUCCACAUUCCGACACAAGAGCAACAGAUCUAAACAGUGCUGGUAGUAUUUCUGGCCUCGAUCUUUUUUCCAUUUGCUCAGUUAGUGUUGUUUUAGAAAUCUGUAACAGUGUUCGAAGCGAUUCCAGAGAGUCUAACGGAACACUGAGAGGACCUCACUAGGGUACCCUAGUCUAUUUAUACUUUUGUCACUGGUUUCUGGACUGGUUUCUGGCUUUUUAGCCAAUCAAAAUUGAUCUACUGUUGUUAUGAUGAUACACAGAAACUCAAAGCUCGAUCCUGAUUGGCUGAAAAUAGCUUUCGGGUUUCCUGUGUGAACAAGAAUUUAUCUGGAAACCAGUCGGGAUUCCUAUGUGAAUCAGUGCUACGUCAUUUUGCACUAGUGCACUCUCAAGCGAUAGUCCGCUGUCUAAGAGCCAUUGGGGGACUCUGGGCUCGUGAUCGACAGUCUUGUGUCAAACAUUUCGAUGGUUCCCCUCCCACAAGAACAAAGAAGUUUAUAUUCCAAGUAGUAAAUGUGGGUUUCCUGUGGUACAACUUUCAAAAUGGCGGCCAAAGCGAUCGUAUUGCCAUCUACCGGUAAAAUACUUCAGUGAAUACUCCAUAUUCUUUUCGUUCAUAUUAUUUUAUUUGAAGUAUCGCUUUCAACUACAUCUUUUUUUUGAAAAAAUCUCACUAGUUUCCGGAAACUAGUUGAACUAGUCUAAAUCCGCCCCUGCAGAGGAAUGGAUCUAAAUAGGAAGAAACUAGCGCGCUAGCAAAACUGGCUGAAGUUAACUGUGAUAUAGAAAAUUAUCACGAAGCUGUUGAUUACUAUGAGAAGGGACUGGAAAUAGUACAAGAGACUGGUGACAAGAAACUAGAGUGUGAGAUGUGUUAUAGCAUUGGCGGUGCGUGUGGUAAACUGGGAGAUUAUGACAAGUUUAUGGAGUAUUCAAAACAAGGCUUCAAUGUUGCGUUAAGAAUCGGUGACUCUAGACUCACUGCAGAUUCUUAUGAAGGUCUUGGUGGUGCUUACCAUUCCCUGUGUGACUAUCAAAAGAGUAUUAAGUGCUAUAAAAAAGCUGUUGAUAUGUACAAACAACUGAAUGAUGAAGAAGGAUUAGGGCGUUGUUACGGAAACAUGUCAUUAUCCUAUAAGAAGCAAGGAAAGUACCAUGAUGCAAUUCGUCUAUUAGAGGAGAGUCUCAGGAUAAUUGUUGAAAUUGGAAAAAAAGAAAAUCAGGCGAGUGACUUGCUUAACUUGGGGUCAAUAUACGCAAUGUUGAAUGAUUAUGAUAAGGCCAUCGAAAUGUUCCAGAAAAGUCUUGCUAUCAGUAUAGAGAUCGGUAAUAAACGUCUUCAAGCAAGAUGUUAUGGUAGCCAGGGAAAUGUUUUGUUUCAUUAUUGUAACAAAUAUUCAGAAGGCAUCGUGUAUUAUCAGAAAUGCUUAGACAUUUCAAAAGAAAUCGAUGAUAAACAAUCACAAUCGGUCACCUUAUUAAACAUUGGCCAAUGCUUAACGGGAUUACGUCGAUACGAAGAGGCGAAGAAACAAUACGACAUUAGUCUUGCUCUUGCUAAAGAAUUAAAUGACAAACAUAAUGAGGCAGGUAUUUAUCAUACUAUGGCUAUAAACAAUAUUUGCAGAAAUCAAAUUCAAACUGCAUUAACUUUAUUAGAGAAAUGUCUUGAUAUCGCUUCCACUAUUGGCAAUAAAGAUCUUGAGGGUGGAGCAUGCUAUAAAUUGGGUCAAGUAUACUAUUCAUUAAACAAAGAGAACCAAGGACAUCAAGCAUGUCAUGUAACUGAUGAUAAUAUAGCUAAAUCGGAAGAAUACUUGAGAAGGGCACUUGAUUGUUAUGACUUUAUUUUUCAUCAUCUACAUCAACGGGAUCAAUUCAAAGUCUCCAAAUUUGAUACAUUCAUUGCAACCUACAAAUUUCUCGCGAUUCUGUUGAUCGAGACAAAGAGAACACAAGAGGCUCUGUUAGUAUCUGAUGGUGGAAGAGCACGUGCUUUAGGAGAUCGCUUGAUCUUUAAAUACGGUAUGAUUCAACAAGAAUAUUUAUCGCCUAGACAAUUAACUUAUCCUGAUGUAGAAGGGAUCCUAACAAAUGAUGGAUUCUCUUUGCUGCAUUACAGCUUACUAAGCGACAGUUUGGCUGUGUGGGUUUUAGCUAAAGACUCACUGAUGUUCAGAGAAACUGAAAAGGAACAAUUUGAUUCUGCCAUGGAAACAUUGACUGAAGAAAAGAAAGAUGGUGAUGAAAACUCCAUUAAACGUUUCUUUACUGCUACGGUUUCAAGAGCAUAUGAAAUGAUGAAAAUCCAAGAAAGCGUCACUUGUGAAAACAGAUCACUUGAUGAUUGCGUUACAUCGAAAGAUCAUGUCACUACAAAAGCUUCUGAAUCUCUGUCACGUGAUGAUGGUACCAGUGAAGAGAGCCUCGAUAAAGCGUCUCACCCACUUGAAACGUUGUACAAUUGUUUAGUUGCACCUGUCCUAUCAGAAGUACAACACGACGAGAUUGUCAUAGUACCCGAUGGACCAAUGUAUAGAGUACCGUUUGCUGCCCUCAGGGAUCCCAAUACAGCGGGACAAUAUCUGUCAGACACCAAACGCAUUCGCCUUGCGCCAUCAAUAGCAAUAUUAAAGACUCUAAAUGAAUGUCCAGUGAAUCAUCACAGCCAAAAAGGAGCAUUGAUUGUAGGCGAUCCAAGUGUUGGAGAGGUGAUGUUUAGAGGAAAGAAAAGAACGUUUGCACGUUUACCUUCAGCAGGUACCGAAGUCAGAGUUAUUUCUUAUAAGUUGGGGCAGGCCGCCCUGACUGGAGAGGAAGCUACCAAAGACGCUGUUUUGCACAGAUUGCAAGAGGGAUCAGCUGUGAUUCACAUUGCUGCACACGGGAGCUCUGACAAUGGUGAAAUAGCGCUAGCACCAAAUGUCUCACCAGAAAGACAAGGAAUUCCAGAAGAGGAUGACUACCUGUUGAAGAUGAGGGAAGUCCAAAGCAUCGGAAUCAAAGCUCAACUUGUUGUCCUAAGCUGUUGCUACAGUGGUCGUGGUGAGAUCAGGGCAGAGGGUAUGGUUGGACUAAGUCGUGCUUUUCUAGCGGCUGGAGCUCGUUCUGUCGUAGCUUCACUGUGGGCAAUCGACGACACAGUAACUUUGUGUUUCAUGCUGAAGUUUUACGGUUAUCUUACUCGAGGGGAUAGUGCGAGUGUAAGCCUUCAUAAAGCCAUGCUAGAUAUCCGAACAGAGGAAGGCCAAAGGGAUCCUAAGUACAGAGAUCCCAAGUACUGGGCUCCUUUCUUCCUGAUCGGCGAUGAUGUCACCCUCAGUUUGUAAGUAAUAAGCAUCAUAUUCAUCUUUGAUGUCAAAAAAUGAGCAUGAAACACAAAUCAUUUGAUAAAUACAGUAUUGAUUCAACACGAACAUCAACACGAACAGUGUGCUUUUGGCAUGUUGCAAUUAACUCGUCAAGGUCUGUCCAGAGCCGGUUGUUAUAGCUAGCUGUCGCUUGUAAAUAUGUAAAUUACGUUAUUUCUGCUCAAUUAGUUUACACUGAGUUGUUGUUCUUGUGUGAUAUACCAUAGUUAAUGUUAACUAUUAUUAACUAUUAUUAUAUUUACUAUGGAUAAACAUUUUGAUUCGUGAUAGUUUUAUGCGAAUUAGGCUCUUCAUGGUAACGAUAAACAAAGCACACAAAAGGCAGGAUGAGAUUUUUGUCUGGUACCUAAAAGCAAAGGUUAUGCGAUAAUAUAUUCAGGUUGUUCUACGAGAUUUUACCUAUGCAAGAUCCCACUCAUCUUUAAAAGUAACAUUCCCUGACUUUUCCCUGACCAAAAACUCUUUCUCAAUGACCAGGUGACAAGAUUAUCUUUAGUCCUAUAAAUAUAGCUUGCUGAAGCACGAACCAUUUAGAAGCGAAAUCACUUUUUUCGCAAAGACCAGGAAAAAUUCUCCAAAAAUUCCCUGACUUUUCCCUGACUUUUUGAUAAAUUGUAUAUUUCCCUGACCAAAAUCAAAAUUCCCUGACAAUUCCCUGACCUUGAAAAAACAUUCAAAUUUCACUCGGACUUUUUCCUGACUCUGGGAACCCUGCUAUGGCACAAGCUGGUACGUUUCUUUAAAAUUUCACAAUAAUUGUAGUACUACCGUAGUAGAAACGUCAGAAAAAUUGAUUUUUUUGUGUGCUGUAUUGUUGCCAAAUAAAUAGGUAUGAUAUGGGAGCAAAAAGGAAAAGAUUUGUAGGGAUUAAACAUAAAUAUAGCUUAUGUCUCACCAAGAUAUUUGACAGUUUUUGUAAUCGGCCUAGCAAUAAUUUUAUUAUAUUAACCAGUAUUACAAUAGUGACCAAUCUUUUCAAAUAAAAACAGCACCAUCAGUCA